AUGGAAGAAGGCAUUAAUCAGCGACAAGGUGGACAACGUUGUACAGGAGUGGAAGAUCUCGUCGGUGGAGAAGCAGGAAGCCGCGGCCAGCCACAAGCAAAGCAGAUCAAGCAGAGUUUCUGCGGCGAGCGACGGUCGUGCAGAGCAGCGCAACAGCCACGUCUUGCUGAACCCCUCUCAGGGCGGAUCGACCAGCAUCUCCGUCAGAUCAGGCAGCAAGGACACGCCUCGCAAACGCAGCCCGAGCUCCAGCAAGGAGGCCCCACGUGCUCGAGGCUCGAGCCUCACCGUGGGAAAGGAUGGCAAAAAGGAGCCCCGAGCGCGCAGUGGGAGUCGGUCCAGGAAGGAGUGAGCGUCUUGUGGCACAUCCAGUCUGAGCACGAGGUGGCCAAGGCGCCGAUUCCCCGUUGCACCUGGAACGAUCGUGGAUCCUGUAGCGAAGCAGAUCGUUGGCAUCGGACAGGUCCCGUCAGCGCCAGCCGCCUCCUCACGGCACGUGCAUUGCGCAGUCCUGGGUGGAAAUCCGUGAAGGAAAAGGUCAUGGUUGCUGAGAAGCUGGAUGGACCAGACGAGUUUGCUACCUUGUGCGAUUGCCUCUUCAGGUCCGGAGUCCUGAGGCGAGAUACCUUCCUGGCCGCGCUUCACCGGCGCCGAUUCGAGGCUGUGCGGCGAGCACAUCCUUAUCCAGUACAUUCUCGACUGGCUGACGUUUUCAGAAUCAAUGAGCUGGCAACAGCAGUAUCGUCUUUCUUAUGCCUUGCUGGCACUUGCCGACUUCGUGAACUGUCUAACUCAUCCCGUGAUGCCUCCAGGGCAGCCGUUUUCGGUCACUCAGACUCGCAGGCGGUCUUCGUAUCAGGCUGCAACCAGAACCUGACUAUGGAAAAGAUUGCGCACUUCGACCCUACUCGCCACAGGUGGAGCACACUUGAUGUUCCCAAGUCAUUGUCGAUUGGUUCUCGAUCUUUCUGCAUGCCAACCUUGCUGGGGCACGACGGCUUUCUUUACGUCUGCGGGGCACGGAGUGACGACCACGCGAUGUGCAUCCAACGUUUCGAUGCAUUGAAAUCCUCGUGGACCACCCUGCCGUCGGCGCCAACGCCUCGCCGUGGCUUCAACAACUGGCCCGCCAUCGCCUGCAUGGAGGGCCACAUCUACGUUUGUGGUGGCAGUAGUGAUGACGAAAACUUUCUGAGCGGUGUCGAUUGCUUCGACCCGCUGACCUUCAAGUGGGAAUCUUUGGGAGCGAUGGGCACUGCGCGGGCAGGUGCUGCGGCAGCAGCUCUGAGAGGUCACCUCUACGUGUGUGGUGGCGAGACAGGCACCUCUGGAAUCAACGAUUUCUGCGCACUUGACACGGCCGAGCGUUUCGCACGGGUGAGUGGCUGGGAAAGCUUGCCUCCGAUGUCCGAACCACGGGGUGGGGAUGCAAAUGGCGAUCCCAACAUCGCUGCCUGUGUCCUCGGCGACUUCCUCUACGUGCGCGGGGGCCACGAAGUCGACAGUAUGGAACGCUUUAAUCCAUCUGCUCAUUCCUGGGAGAGCUUACCACCAAUGAGGACACCGAGGUAUUACGCUGCCAUGGUGGCCUUCAACAGCCGGGUUUAUGUAUGCGGUGGGAAAGACGACUAUGACGCCGAGGACUUGGACUCAGUCGAGGCUUUCAAUCCAGCUCUCGGAUGUUGGGAAGCUGUACCUUCGAUGAACAUCCCAAGAGCGAACGCUGGCGCAGUGGCCUCUGAAGGUUAUAUCUACAUGUGUGGAGGCCGGAUCUACUCCGACAGCGGCCCUUCGAGAUGUCUGGCGUCGCUGGAGCGCUAUUGCCUGUCGAGGUGUUGCUGGGAAGCUUUGCCAGCAAUACCUGCUGAGGGGGUUGAGCCUCACUCAAUUCUGCUCGUCUAG